AUGCCACAGUCUCAAGUUACAUUCGUUCAAACAACAGAGCAAGUUUCGCAAUUUCUCUCUUGCGUUCCUCUAGGAGACACAAAUGUCCCCUCUAUCUAUAUCGAUUUAGAGGGUAUCGACUUAUCCCGCCACGGGUAUAUCUCAUUACUUCAAAUAUUUCUAUUUCCCCUCUCACAGAAUUUUAUUCUUGAUAUCCACACCCUUGGCCACUCCGCCUUUACGACAUCUUCCCCAGACGAUCCAUCGAGGACCUUUAAAUCAAUACUAGAAGAUCCAAACAUCCCCAUUGUCUGCUACGAUAUUCGUGCCGACAAUGAUGCCUUAUAUAAUCUUUAUUCUAUCUCACUCGCUAACGUGAUCGACCUACAGCUAUUGGAAUUGGCUACACGACAUGGAUCACGUCGGCUAUUGAAUGGCCUAUCUAGGUCGAUUCAGUACUAUCCCAUUCUAUCAGCAUCCGAGAAAUAUGACUGGGUAGAGAUCAAGGAAAGGGGACGGCGUCUGUUUGCUCCUGAAAGGGGUGGGAGUUAUGAGAUUUUCAAUUCUCGGCCGCUACCAGACGACCUUUUGGAAUAUUGUGUGCAAGAUGUGCAGCACUUACAAAAACUUUGGCAAUACUUCAAUUCAAGACUCGAAAAAAUGGAUAGCAUCUGGAGGCAAAAAAUACGUGAUGAGACAGAAAGAAGGAUAUCACUUUGCAGGGACCGUGAUUUUCAGGCUAAGGAUAGAGGAUUGGCCCUUGGACCCAUCUCCUUCAGAAUUUGA